GAGGCUGGCGAUGGGGCUGCGCGCGGGAGGAAGGCUGGGCAGGGCGGGAGCGGGGCGAGGCGCGCCCGAGGGACCCGGGCCCAGCGGGGGCGCGCCGGGCGGCAGCAUCCACUCGGGCUGCAUCGCCGCGGUGCACAACGUGCCGCUGAGGGUGCUCAUCCGGCCGUUGCCGUCCGUGCUGGACCCGGCCAAGGUGCAGAGCCUUGUGGAGACCAUCCGGGAGGACCCAGAUAGUGUGCCCCCCAUCGAUGUCCUCUGGAUCAAAGGAGCCCAAGGUGGUGACUACUUCUACUCAUUUGGAGGCUGCCACCGCUAUGCAGCCUACCAGCAGCUACAGCGAGAAACCAUCCCUGCCAAGCUUGUCCAGUCCACCCUCUCAGACCUAAGGGUAUACCUGGGCGCUUCCACGCCGAACUUGCAAUAGCAGUUUCCUUGGCACCUGCCACCACUCCCAAUAGCCCAGAGGACACUCAUGGCCUUCAGUGGGCUGGGCCAUGCAGUCGGUGUAGCAGGGAUGCACAUUGAGCAUCCUCUUACUGGGCUCCAAAACCUUGGAAUCACUGAACAGUAUGCGGGUGCCAGUUCCCAUUUCCGUGAAAAUGGGUGGUGACCGUGUUCUUGAAGGACCCAUGAGAGGAUGAAAUGAACAAGGAGAUGGAUUUGGAGAGCUGCAGGCUGCUGGCUCCAGAUUCCCAAGGACAAAGGAUCCCUCUACAUUUUGUUUUGAUAUAGCCCAUUAUGUGCAAUAAGCUCACCUGCAAGUCAAAGAAAACCUAGGUUACAGGGUUUGUUUUUCCACAGAACAUGAAUUCUGGGGAUAGGUGGCUAGUGGUGUUGGUCCAAGAACUCACAUCUUUGCGAUCUCUCUGAACUUUCCUUCAUCACCUGUACUUCCUGGUCACAAAAUGGCUGCUGUACCUCCAAAAAUCACAUCUGUGUUCAAGGAAGAAAGGAUUAGGGAAGAGGAGAGGCUGAGUCAACUGGACCUGUCAACUUCUAUCAUAAAAUCAAACCUUUUUUUUUUUUGGUCUCUCCUCCUGUAUUUCCUGGGCCCAAACCAGCUACCAUUGUCACCCCUAGCUGCAAGAAAAGCUAAGAUAGCAAAGGAGAGAAUUGUCCCAGUUGAGUAGACUAGUCAUAUCUCAUUUCCUGGGACAAACACAUUUCCUCCUGAAAUAAAAUCAAAUUCUUAUUAUCAAGAGAGAAAUGAAGAAUGGUGCAUCAACUAGCCCUUGCCAUGUAGCAAACCAUCCCCAAACUUAGCAAUGAAAAGCAAGUCACUAUUUGCCUAUAAUUUUGUGGCUUGUCAGUUGGGCUGGGCUCAUCCAGACAGUUCUGCUGACCUUACCUGGGUGACUCAUGGAGCCGCACACCAACAGCAGUCAGGUGGGGCUGGGUAGUUUAGGAUUGACUUACUCAUCUGGCUGUUGACUGGCUGUUGGCUGGGCCUCUGUGAAGUCUCCCCAGCAGGUUAGCUCAGGUUUAUUCACAGGUUUCCAAGAGAGUGAGAGUAGAAACCGCAAGGCUCUUUGAGUCCUAGACCCAGAAUUGGUCCAUCACUUCUGCUAAGUUCUUUUGGUCAGAGCCAAUGAUCAGGCUGGCCCAAUUCAAGUGGUAGGGAAGCAAACUACAUCUCUUGGAGAAACUGCCCAAGAAUUUGUGGCAUUUUUCAUCUGUCACAAAUAGUUUUGGAUAAGCAAAUAACAGUGUUAUUUUCUGUCUCUCUCUCUCUCUUGCACAGAGUCUUGUUCUGUCCAGGCUAAAAGUCACUGAGAUAUUGUCCUGGUCCUUUAAAGGGAAGGAGGUGAUGGGGCAGGGGGCCGAUCUCUGCCAGGGCUCGGCCUAUUCUAGUGAGGGCAUCUCUCUUUGUCCUGGAAGGAUGGGAGUAAACCAGAUGGGAUGAUCCAAGGGGCUUCUGAAAACAGUCCUGGGGCAGGGGAUGAGGGGAGACUGCAGAGAGAAAUAGACUUUGCUCUCUCUGCCCUGCUAAGAGAACUCAAUCACUUGGUGUUUUCAAGCCUUAGUUUCCCCAGAUCCCCAGCUCAGUAAGCAACAGCUUCUGCCUUCCCCCUUCUCCCAGGGAAAGAUGACUGAGGUGACCAAUGGAAUUUUAAAAGGAUGUAGUCCUAACUGCGCUGUGAUAUCCUGGACUGGAUCUUGGAACAAAAAAAGGUGGGGCAGAGGGAUGAGAGGAAGGGACAUUAAUGGAAGAAUGGGCAAUCUGCAGAUGGUCUGGAUUUUAGUUAAUAUAGCAAUGUUCACAGGGUAGGAUAGGUGCAGAGUAGAUGGGAACUGUGUGUUUUCUUUGUAACUUUUCUGUAAAUCAAAAAUCAUUCCCAAAUAAAAGUUUAUUUAGAUCUAAAAGCUUUAGAUCAGUGUUUUAGGUUCUCAGAUGGGUUUGCUGAACCCCAGCCCCAGAGCUUCUGAUUCAGUUUGUCUGGGGUGGCGCCUAAGAGUUGGCUUUUCUAAUAAGUUCCCAGGUGAUGCUAAUGUUGCUGUU